AUGAAACUUAAGAGCAAUAAACCCCUGGCCAAGCUUGCGUUGUAAGAAAAUGGGAGUAAAAAAGAUUAGCAAGCUUUAUUUAGACAGAAAAAACCUAAAUAUAUAAAAUAGAUAAUUAUAGAUGGAAAAAAUUAACUGGAUAAAGUAAACCCUGAAUUCGAUAAAUAUGUUUUCAAGGUAUUUGAUAGAGAAACUCUUUAAGAAUGCUCUAAAAGGGGAGGAUACUUUGAUAAUAAGAUUGUUUCUUUUGAAAAACCAUACGGAGAAUAACUUAAAAAGGACUGUAUAAUUAUAUCUAAGUUUAUUCAUUCAAAAUGUUUAAAGGUCAAGUAGCUGUAAGUAAUUCUUCCAGAGCUCGAUAUUCAUCAUAACUAAUAAAUCGAUGUAGAUGAUGAAACAAUAUAAAAGCUGUUUACAAGUAUUUAAGAGGUUUCUACAUCAGGAAAAUUAGAACAUUUAGAAUUAGAUUUCAAGAGUUGGAAAAAAUGCACUGAAGCUUCUAUUAAAAACAUUGCAGAUUGCCUUUAUUCUGUGUUUUAGUAAAGCCCUCAUCUUACACAUUUUAGUAUUAAUCUAAACAACUGGAAGGAUGUUACAGAUAUUGGAGCUUGCUAGCUUUCUGAAUCAUUAUAGAUGAAAACAAAUUUUAAAAGUUUAAUUCAUUUAAAUCUAUCUCUAGAAGGCUGGAAUUAAUGCACUUCGAUUGCUUCUGAAAAAUUAAUAAAUAGUUUAAUAGAAUUGUCAGAAAAAGCAUAAAAUUUAGAGACAUUUAAAUUCAGUUUAUGGAAUUGGGGAAAAUGUAAUGACAAAUCUUGUGAGUUGAUAUCAUAAUUAAUGCAAACUUUAUCUGAUGAGUGCAAAAAAUUACAAUAGAUUGAUUUUAAUUUCUUUGGCUGGACUAAGUGUACUGACUAAGGAUUGUAAGAUUUAUGUAUGGGAGUGACUAGUUUAUUUUAGUCAUUGAAUGGCAUAUUAAAUUUUAAUCUGAACAUAAGCGGAUGGAGAGGCAUUACAUAAAGAGGAAUCAAUUUAAUAUCAAAUACAUUUAAGGAUUGCCUAUUUAAUUUGCAACCAUAUUUGGUUGAUGCAAAUAUAACUUUUUCAAAAUCAGAUAAGGUAUUAACAAUAUGCAGCAAGUACUUGAGAGCUAGAUUCAUGGCAAGAAUGCAAUUCAUGGCUUUUUACAAAUUUUUAGAAUGGUAAGUCAACAGCCCAACACAGGUAUCUUAGGAUCUGUAUAUUGACACGCUAAACUAAAUGAAAGAGCCCUAAUAAGAAAAAGUAAAAGAAAUUGAAAAUAGCAAAGUUUAACUAAAAGCUCAAGUUAAAAUGCCUGCCUACAUUAAAAAUUAAGAAUAAAAAAACAACCAGAAACCACAAUUAAAGAACAUGAAAUUUUGA